AUGUUAGCCGCUGGUCAACUUAUUAGCGAAUGGCAGACCGCGGAACAAAUCGAAAAGUAUGUCGAACUUGGAGAUCUCUUGGAAUUCAGAAGAGUUGCAACUAUCGGCGGUGCUCCUCAUGGAAUCUACAAGCAUUGGGCAGUGUACAUAGGACGCCAUGAUAAUGUUCCUCUUGUUGUUCAUUUAUCUGGUGAUGGAGCGGAUUUCGAUACAUCUGGCGAUACUGGCAGUGUCAAAUUUGAUUCAUUGGGUGGAUCUUCGGGAUUAUUUAGAGCUAGCACUGCAGAGGUUUGUUAUUCAAGGUUCAAGGGAUAG